UGCUGCUUGAAAUUGAUAUUUUUAUUAGUUCGACAUAUCAAUCCAUUUCUACUUUCUAUUCCAACAACGCCUGCUAUUUUAAAUCAUGCCUUCCACCUACCUUGUCACUGGUGGUGCUGGAUUCAUUGGCUCACAUACGGCUGAGGCUCUACUUUUAAGAGGCGAUUCUGUCAUUGUUGUCGAUGAAAUUAAUGAUUACUAUUCCAUUAACCAGAAGCAACACAACUUGGAUGCCCUAUGUGCUGCUGCACUUCGCUCCAAGUCUGCAUUCAAGUUUUAUCAAGGCUCAUGCCAGGAUGAAUCGUUCAUGGCAAACAUAUUCGAAGCUGAACAUAUUGAUAUAGUCUGCCAUUUAGCCGCAAGGGCGGGAGUACGACCGUCGAUCAGGAACCCCUUUCUUUAUAUUCAGGCCAAUGUAACUGCUACAGUCAAUCUACUUGAGCUUUCUCGCCAACACAAUAUUUCAAAUUUCGUAUAUGCAUCGUCAUCUUCUGUGUAUGGAAAAAACACCAAAGUACCUUUUGCUGAAACAGACCGCACAGACUAUCCUGUUUCUCCCUAUGCUGCCACAAAAAAAACAUGCGAGUUGAUGGCAACAACAUAUAAUCACAUGUAUGGAUUGCCAACAACCGGACUACGCUUUUUUACUGUCUAUGGUCCAAGAGGUCGACCAGAUAUGGCCCCCUUUCUUUUUGUUGACAAGAUCUCUCGCGGUAUCCCCAUUGACAAGUUUGGCGAUGGUACAUCUUGCCGCGACUACACGUUUAUUACCGAUAUUGUCUCUGGCAUCCUUGCCGCACUUGACAGACCUAGCCAGAAAGCUGCCAUAUACAAUCUUGGAAAUUCUGCAACAGUGUCGCUGAAUGACUUUAUUCAUGUCAUUGAAGAAACAGUCGGAAAAAAGGCUGUGAUCCAUUCAUUGCCUGAUCAACUAGGUGAUGUCUUUCGUACCUAUGCAGACUUGACUCUAUCGGAGCGCGAGCUUGGUUAUCAACCUACAACCGAUAUUCGCGCUGGUAUGCGGCUAUUUGUCGAUUGGUAUCAAACGGCAUAUCGGAAAACACAGGAAAUGGAUGCAUUGCAAACCACACAGACAGAACAUGACUCUAGGCUUGAAAAAAGACAGUUGUCCUUCAAACCCAGCGUUGGGGUGAAUUUGGCAUUUUGUGGUAUGGAGCAGCAGCGCUUGAAAAUGAGGCUGAUUGACAAUGACGGAUCAGUGCAUGGAAAUGGGACAUCAAAUGAAUCUGUCCCACUAUUUUUGGAAUCGAUUGUUUCAUCACGGUGUAUGAUGCAAUCACCUUCACCACCCCCUUCAGACUGCAUGGCAUUGGAUUAUGCUAUAUCUAUACAGGAUGGCUAAUUUUCCUGUGAAAAAUAUCUUUUCGAGAACCUUUGGUGUUACUAACAUUCAACGUGCUCACACCAGUUGAGGUUGGUAAAUAAAGGAACUCGAAUUUGAACUUUUAGUCUGUUUUAUACUGUAGUGCAUUAUUUUGACAAUCUUUUAGAUUUUCAUAUCAUUCUCAUUCAAUCAUCCACAAGUUAUUCUACUUGGUAAAAAUAAAGACUUUGUGAAUUU